AUGAACAGCACAGAAACGGUAAGCUCUUCAAGCAUAACAUACCGUUGCCUAAGGGAAAAAAGGAAGAAGGCGGUUCUUCGGCGCUCAUUCCGGUGGCCAUUGUGUUAGCUGUGAUCCUUGUGCCAAUCCUCAUCAUCGGGAUCAUAUUAUGUUUGUAUCGCAAGUUCAGGAAGCGCGAGAAGAAGCCGUCAAUGUCGGCGGAUGCGGAGAACCUGGAGGACCCUCUUCAUGUAUUGUCGCAGGACAUGGUAAGACCAUAAUUUUUUCAGAUGGCCAAUGAAAUCGGUGGAAAAAAAUAAUUUUCUCUGCAGACCCGCCGACCUCGCGAGCCAAUCAAGGGGAAUGUGCUCAGUUUUCGAGACAAGAUCAUCUCCACGAACUCUGAAUACUCCUCGAUGACCGGCCGCCUCACUGGCGCUGUAAAUGUCAGCGUUUUGGCGGAGGGAGAGGGCGAAAUGCAGUGUGUCAUGAACUUUGAAGCCGAUGAUUCACCCCACAAACGGCUUAGAUCAGUCCAUCAACUGGUUCAUCGGCUGAAUCAACAAGGGGAAUUCGCAUUGGGAGUUCUCAUUUGUGGAGUUAUCAUGCCAGGUAGGUGAUUACAGUGCGGGUCCUGAUCCAGUGGCAAAAAACGUACCAUUUUGCAUCCGGGAAGUGUCAAAAAUGUGGCAAAAUAUCUCUCUCUCCAAGUGAAAAAAAACUCCGAUUUCACAAUCAAAUGCGCGCCCGCCCUUUUUGUGAGGGAAAGGGCCCUUCAAAAUGAUGUUUUUUCUCUUGGAAAGGGAAGCAUUUUGCCACAUUUUUGAUACCUCCCGGAUGCAAAAUGGUACGUUUUCUGCCAUUGGAUCAGGUCCACUUUAAUGAUUCUGUCAACUCAAGAAUCUGAGAGUCUUUGGUUUGCGUUUUGCAGAAAUCUUCGGGAUUUUUGAAGUUGAAAUCUUCUAAAAAUAUUAUUUUUUGACAUUUUUGGAGUUAAAUUUACAGAACAUUACAUCUUCCAUUUCUUCAUUAUUUUUCUCCAAAAUACCUGCAUUUUUCAGCGCGUGAGGCCGAAAUCACCCAUGAAUGCCCUCGCGGAAGAAUCUCUGACGGCGAGCAAGAAGUUUACUUUGCUCUUUAUGAUUUUGUAAGUACACUCCAUUUCAAAAUGAUAGACACGCCUAUAAAAUCUGCAAUUGCGGCGUCGGGGUUUAGUUGACGGAUACGAAACCUUAACAGAUUGAAAGAGGAGGUUUGAAAACCUAUACCAACAAAUCAUUUUUCUUAUUGCACUGCAAUUGCACUUUGCACAAAAGAUUUUCCAAAUUUUGGGUGUUUCAAAAUGAUAGACACGGCUGCUAUUUUUGCUAAAAACUUGGGAAUAUGGGCCCCAUAGGGCCUGAAAUUAUUAGUCUGACUGUAUUGCAACUCUCUGGACUUUAUUGAGUUCAAAACGCCCGAAUUUUUGUGCAAUUUUCUCGGAAUUGCACAUAUACUUCCAUUUUGUGCAAUCUGACCUGCAUCUUUCAGAAGUCCACUUUCUAUGGGCACAGACAGUGCAGAUGCGACCUAUCGUAUGUAAUGGACUAGAUCCAGUCAGUUUUCACUGGUAUGCAACAAAAAAAUGCGUGGAAAUUGCAACGAAAACUGAUUUCGCAACGAUAGUCGUCACUUUUAUAGCUUCCCAAGCGGUUGCCUGUCGUUUGCACAACCCAAAAAGCCCUGAACUAUCUUGACAAACCACAGAAAAACGUUAUUGCAUAAGCCUUAUGUCCAGGUUCCGUCGGGCCAACGCCAGAAAAGGUCAAGUUUCCAAAACGCCGUUUUUGACCCAUUUUUAAGCCUAUUCCGCAUAGAUUGGCCAAAGAAUGGUUCUCUGCGGACUCGCUGAAGCAAAGCUGCACAUGCUACUGACCUAAACGUUUUUAUAAGACCCUAAACAUUCCAGCCAUGAAGUUUUUCUUCGCAUCUAGCUUGUUUCGAAACGUAGGGUAGCCUUCAAAGCUAACCAUGUCGCAGCGGAAUCAGUUUUUGUUGCAAUUUCCACGCAUUUUUUUGUUGCAUACCAGUGAAAACUGACUGGAUCUGGUCCAUUACAUACGAUAGGUCGCAUGUGCACUGUCUGUGCCCAUAGAAAGUGGACUUCUGAAAGAUGCAGGUCAGAUUGCACAAAAUGGAAGUAUAUGUGCAAUUCCGAGAAAAUUGCACAAAAAUUCGGGCGUUUUGAACUCAAUAAAGUCCAGAGAGUUGCAAUACAGUCAGACUAAUAAUUUCAGGCCCUAUGGGGCCCAUAUUCCCAAGUUUUUAGCAAAAAUAGCAGCCGUGUCUAUCAUUUUGAAACACCCAAAAUUUGGAAAAUCUUUUGUGCAAAGUGCAAUUGCAGUGCAAUAAGAAAAAUGAUUUGUUGGUAUAGGUUUUCAAACCUCCUCUUUCAAUCUGUUAAGGUUUCGUAUCCGUCAACUAAACCCCGACGCCGCAAUUGCAGAUUUUAUAGGCGUGUCUAUCAUUUUGAAAUUGAGUGUAUUUUGAAUAAGACCCAAGGUAAAUCUGACUGUUUUAGGCUGGCAUUUCCCUGUCUGAAUUCGUCCGCAUCCGCCCAACCAAAAUCUACGCCAUCGAGAUUGCAACCAAAGCCCUCCAGGCCCUCUAUGUCCUCCAUUCUCAAAAGUACUGCCAUGGGAAGCUGACUCCGGCUUCAUUUUACGUUGAUGAAGAGACUGCGGGUGUUUCUCUGAUCGAUCUUGGAUUCCUGCAUCCGUUGAAGGGCAAACAGAAAUGGGAGUUGUAUUACGUGUACGAGGACAUCAACUUUGACCCGCUUUAUCAGAGCGCAGUCUCACAUUACACUUCUCCACCAAGUGUGAUGAGCGACUUGGAAAGUUGGAGUUACAUUUUUGUUCAACUCUUGGUUGGAAGACCUCUUCCUUGGUACGGGAUGAAGGAUAAGGUGAGCAGGGGAAAAGUUAAAUCCAGAGGAUGAUAUUCUACUCACUUGUCAGAUUUGACAUGAAUUGAUGUUAAAAACUUGAAAAAAACUAUUCGAAUUUUAAUUUCAGAUGGCCAUUCAAGAGCUCAAAGUUCAGUUCACCCAUUGCGGCGAGCCCUUCCGCUUCUACACCAAGGACAUUCGGCCCGAUAUGGUCUACCAACUUCGUGAAAUGUACUUCCACCUGACUUCAUCCACGUCUUCAGAGCUCGGCGAGCAAUUGACGGUCAAAUAUCAGGUUAUAUUGGACUUUCUGGCUCAGAUGGACGCGAUCAGUGAGAAGAGGCGGCUUGGAGAAGAGUUAGAGAGCAAUAAGAGCCCCAGGACACCUCAGUCAUAUCAUUCUGCAGUGACGAUUUCCAUGUACUCUCCGAGUAACGUGAAGUGA